AUGUACAAGACUGUGAAGGAUAAGAAGGUUCCGCGAUGGCAAACGGAUCUUUUUUGGGAGGAAAAGGGAAAGAUCAUUCUAGCCAUCGUCUUGGUGAGUCCUGGCUGCCAUGCCCCGUUUGAAGAUAAAAUAGGAUAAAAAUGGAACAUGGUUAUGAAUUACUGACCACAGUUUCCAGUACAGCGGUCGAAAUUGGGCCAGUAUGGCCGUAAAAAUAGCUCGGCUCGGCUUGAUUGCCAACGUCAGCGAAGAAGAUCAGCCUCUCUGACGACAAUAAAGUUUUUUCAAAUACUAUUAUAUAAAAACAAUUCGUUGUGGGCUUAUAACCUUUCUAUGUUCCCAUUUGCAGUUAAUUUUCUUCGGAACAAUUUGCUAUCUACACUACGAACUUCACAACCGAGCUGACUGGUACACUGCCAAGCCAGAGGAUCGCCCAUUCAGCGAUGUGAUGUUGACCCCAAAAGGAAAUGUGGAACUGAAAGAAAUUCUCUGCCGAAGACAUCAAGACCAUUGUUAUUACAUUACUGAUUUGCAUUUGCCACAUGAGUAAGGCAUGUUUAAAAAUUGAUGCCUGAAAUGUUUAGUAAAAUCCUUCGAAGACUGCAACAAGAACCUCAGCAACACACAAUCCUUGGUGCUGGAUAUGUUACCAGUAAGUAAAGACAAUUUGAAAAAAUUGCGACUAUAAUAUGAUGACUAUAAGAUACAAGAUUUCUGACAAAAAUUUGUGUUUUCAGGCACAGGGCGACUUGAACAAGACAUACUUUGGGCCCAAUAUACCCGUUUAGCACUUCAAGGGCCAUUUAUGUUCAAUGUCACUGGUAAAAACGCCCUUCAAAUCGGGCUUGGCUCAGGGACUAGUGGAGCUUUCCUAGAGCAUUUGGGGGUAAGUCCAACGGCCACUGCCAGGUCAAAUACCGCCUGAAAACAGCCAUCUGACUUCGAAUGCUUUUCCAGUACAAAAUCACCUCGAUUGAACUGGAGCCGAUGAUAAUUCACAUUGCCCAGAAAUGGUUUGGAGUUCCCGGAAAUUCGGAUCACACAGUCAUCGAAGGCGAUGGGUUUGACUAUGUUGUCAAUCGCAGUACUGACGGUAAAUUUUAUUUUUUUGGCGCUUUCAACACUUUUUUUAUAAUUUUGCAGAAGAAAAAUUUGACUUUGCGUUCAUUGACACCUCUUAUUUUGAUGAUCUGCAUCUUUUCAUCUCACCGGUGGAUAUCUUUACAACUUCGGACUUUGUGAAGGAAUUAAGAAAGCAUAUGAACAAAGAAUGUGCAGUUGUCUUGAAUACGUAUUCGAGGCAUAAUGAGCUGGAUAAAAUGGUGAGUUCUGGGCUUUAACAAAGCAAAUCGCCAAAAAGAUGACUUUUAUUUUACUAAUCGUAAGCAAAAUUUUUAUUUAACCUUUAUUCCAGCUGGAAGCAGAAAGACAUCGACACGCCAUGUUGAUGAAGUAUCGGAAGUACUUCCAAACCUGCUUCUUCAUUGAGACUUCUGAUAACAGCGUAAGUUUUGAUGAUAAUACGAAUUAGAGAUUGGCAUGUAAACAAUCUCUUGAUCGUUAAUGUGUACGGUCAAUUUACUGUGAUUUAGUUGAUCUUCUGUUCCUGCAAGCAAACGCAGAAGAUGACUCAAAUAAAAUACGACUAUUUCCUCUCCCAUCUCCCACCGCACAUGUAUUCGAAGCUUGUUGUUGAUGGCAAUGUCAGAGAAGAGUGGUAA